CCACUUCACCAUGGGCCAUGGCCUUGCGGGUGAUCAGCGGCUUAAAGGAUGUGGCGAGGCUGUAUCGAUGUGUGCUUUUCGAGGCCUCCACCCUGCGGCUGGGCCCGGGAGGCCCAUGUGGUGCCGGGGCGCUGCGCAGCGCCAAGGAGCUCCUGGAGAGGGAGAAAAUGGUGGCCGCUGUCAGCGGGAAUGCGCUGCAGGCCAAGGCUCAAAUGGCCGCCUUGCGCGAUGGUGGCAUGCCUGCCGGCGUGCAAAGUUGGACCUCGGGCGAGCUCAUCAACAGGAGCUUGCAGGGAGCAGAGCUACCUGCUCCUGAGGCGCUGAAGGCGCUGGCCUCUCCACCACGGAUCUUUGAGCUGGGCACCUUCGUGAAACCCCGCAGGUGGACGGAGCUGGUGCAGAGGAACCCGCCCUUGGAAGGCCUAGUGAAGGCCAACUUGGUGAAGCGUGUGGACUCCGUGGAGAAGGCGGAUCUCUGCUACUGGGACGCCCAGGAUGGAGAUCGCCUGGACCAUUGGUUGGAGGCCGUGGUGGAGCUCUGCGUGGACCUGCAGGUCCCAUUGCUCCAGCCCAAGUGGGGUGCGGCUGCGUUGGAUGCCAUCGCGCCUUUAAACGACGCCACCGGCACCCUGGAGUCAGUGGCGUUGAAGAUGAAAAGGUUGGGCGGCCGCCUGGUCUCUUGCGGCAAGUUGGAUGGUGCCCUGGAGGGCCUGGACUUCCAGGGCCUGGCGCCGCGGGAUGUGCUGCUGGUGACCGGCAGCCUGGGGGACCUGGUGGAGGCGUCGCAGCACGGCGCCGAUGUGCUGCUGCUGUUGGAUGCGGAUGUGAAGCAGCAGCUGAGAACGUGGACUGAGGUUGAAGCACGUCAUGAGACGCAACGGCGCAAGACCAUGUCGGUGUCUCAACGGGUGGCCGAAGACUCCCCGCGGAUGAUGGCAGCGGCCAACAACCCCUUCCUCUCCGUUUUUCAGCUGCCGAGCCUCCUGGCAGAGGCCGCCGCUUCAAACCGAAAGCACCGGGAGAUGAAGGAACGCGAGCAGCGGUCCAAAGCGGCCGCAGCUGCAACUGCUUCUGUUCCUCCAGCGGAAGUGCCGGAAGAGGAACCGAAGAUGGAAGAAAAGGUGGCAGACGAUGUGACCGAGCUCUUGGACCGUUGGUGCAAAGCCACCAAGGUCCCCCUGCCGGUGGCGGUGAUGUCCUCCUCAACCCUCUACUGGGACGGCCCAGAGAAGGAGACGCCUACCGCGGCACUCCGCCGCCCGCGCCCAGCGGCCACGGCCGCGCCUGGCGCCGCGCCUGGCGCGGCGCGGAGGGACCGAGGGCUGCCGAGGGGCACGGGACAGGCCGCGGCGCCCCAAACCGAGGAGUCCUUGGAGAGUCUUCUGGCACAGAUGGAGAAAAAGUUUCAGUUCUGGGAGGUUUUCGGGGGCUGGGAGGAGGAGUGUCUCACAACUGCUGAUUUCCUGGCCAUGGUGACUGCUGCUAAGGACAUGCAUGUUCACCAGAACUUGAAAUCCAAGAGUGGCGAGGAGAAGAAAUGCUGUGCAAAUUGGGUUGACGAUGAGAAGAUUGAGUACUGCUGGGCCACGACAUCAUGCUUGGAAUGGGGCCAGAACAGUGACGACAGAGACUACAGCACCGUGGACGACGACCACUGCAAAGCCGCAAGUGAUUGCGCGUAG